AUGGUGCAGACUCAGCCGACAGGAACAUUCGUCCACCACGUCGCUCAAACCAUCAAACUUUGUCUCGAAACUCGCGAUGGGAACCUCCCGGACAUCGCAGAACACCUCGACACUCUCGCCCAUCAGCUGGUGGCCAACACUGAAUGGAUCGACACUGAAUCAGCGCACAAGAUCAGGAGUGGCUCGACGCUCGACUUGAAGCCGCUACAGCAGUGGCACAAGCCAGAAGAGCUCCUGGAAGCUCGAAAAGCUCGUCAGCUCAAGCGCGAUGCCAAACGCGCUGUUGGCCUCGGCGGCAAGUCGCCACGCCUGGUGCUAGAGUUUAAGGGGCGGGAAAUUGAACCUGCAGAAGGCGUCCUACGAUGGGUUCUGGUGAAUGACGCAAAACGGCAAUAUGUCCAAGUUUUCGACCCAAACAAUCAAGCAGAGAUUAGUUCUAAGCUCACGAAAGGGCAGUUGUACGAUGAACACGGCCAGCAAUGGCAGGACCGUUACGACAAGGUCCUCAUCAAACCAAACCCACGGGGUGUGAAUUUCGGAAGGUUUCUGUGGGUCAUGAAGUAG